AUGGCAGACAUGGACGAAUUCGCCCAAACCCGUGGCGCAGACGACCUUUUCGACGACGAAAUCAUCCCGGUGUCGGCGGAGGAACAGAACGUGCAGACAGAGGUAGUGGUGAUUUCAGAGCCAGAGCCCAUACCGCCUCAGGAGAUCACGCCACCCGAGAAGCAGCCCUCUCCGCGCGGAGAGCCUUCACAGCGGGUUGACAAUUCACAGCGGAGCCGUGGGCGCGGUGGCCGGGCGAAACAAGGACGCAGUCUCCAAGACUCCAGAUGGGCGGACCCGAAGCCCGCAGAGAGUGCCCCGAGGAAGAAGACACCUAUGAAUGUGGCGGAACCAAAAGCCACUCCUGCUGCUGUGCCCGCUGAGCUGGUGGAAAAACAGCCAGAGGCAGAGAAGCCGCAAUCCACCCCGGAAGAGGAGAGCAAAAAGGACGCAACCAAUGGCUCCGAUGCACAGCGAGUACCAGCUGUCCGUGGAGAUCGAAGCGCCACGGGAGGAUUAAGAAAAGCAAAACUUACCGAGGCAGAGUUGUCCAAGCGCAUGGCCGCCGCCAAAGAAAAUGCCGCCAAAAAAGCCGCUGCACAUGCCCGCGCGGAAGCCGACCAGGCUUCAUUCAUGGAGCGCGAGCAAAUUGCAGCCAAGAAACGGCGAGAAGAGCUGGCGAGCCGGAAGAUUAUGGAUAAAGAGCGUGAGCAGAACCGUCAACGUAAGCUCAAGGCUCAGACCGGACGCGAAUGGGACUCCGAGAAACGGGAGGAUGACUACAAUCCCCGUGGAGGCGGAAGCCAAUAUCGCCGGGGUAUGCAUGGUGGUGUGUCCGGGCAUGUGCGCCGAGAUUUUGACGGAGCAUCGGAGGACACCGGCCCCGUCACCCCCAGCCGGGGGCGUGGACGAGGCGGCCGUGGAGGCCGUGGUCGUGGCCCUUCACGUGGACCACAGGAGCGUUCAUCUUCCAAGGAUCAAUCCGAUCGCAAAGAGUCCAAGACACCGGCCCUCAACGAUGAGGCCGACUUCCCGUCACUCCCUGCGGGCAAGGCACCGGCCAAGUCGGAUAAAGCCUCAGAUGCACCAGCACCGGCCAAACCACCCCCAUCAAUGGAAACACUCGAGUCCACCAUGUCACCCGUGACUGGGAGCUGGGCUGAUCAAUUUGAUGAAUGA